AUGGAUAAUAACCAUGAAACAACUGCAACUAAGCCAGAAGGAUUGGAACAGGAUGAAUUGAUAAUUCAACAACAUCGAGAAAUUGAAAAAGAGAUUUCCGAUUCUAUAUUGUUAAUUGGUCAAAAAGAAGAAUUAACAUCACUUGAAACUGAAUACAUAAAUGAUCCCGUUUACUUAACUAAAAUUCAAGAUCUAAAUAAAAAGUACAAAUGCAUGAGACGUGCAAGACCAGAUGGCAAUUGCUUCUUCAGGUCAUUUGCUUUUGCAUAUUUUGAAUAUUUGAUGGACCAUAAUGAAGAAUAUAAGCAUUUUAAAGAACGUGCACUAAAAAGCAAAGAUGAAUUGAUCUCUUGUGGUUUUACUCAAUUUACAUUGGAGGAUUUUCACGAUACAUUUAUGGAAGUGGUCAAUUUGAUUGGUGAAGGCCAACAUGAUAAAUUAUAUGAUACUUUUAAUAUGCAAGGUUACUCAGACUAUGUAGUGGUGUAUCUUCGUUUGAUAACCUCAGGACAACUUCAAAAAGAUGCAGAGUUUUAUAAGCAUUUUAUUGAAGGAGAUCGGACUGUUGUAGAGUUUUGUCACCAGGAAGUAGAGCCGAUGUUCAAAGAAAGUGAUCAUAUUCAUAUUAUUGCAUUGAGUACUGCGUUAAAUGUUGGAGUACGAGUAAGAUACAUGGACAGAGGUGAAUCAUCUGAAGCUAUUGCCCAUGAUUUCCCUGAAGGAUCUCCAGUCUGUGUUAAUCUUCUCUAUAGGCCUGGCCAUUAUGAUAUAUUAUACAGUAGAUAA